UAUCAUAAAUGCAUAAUAUAUACAAUGUGUAAUGCUUAACCGUAGUGUACAUGGACUCAGUUAUCCAGCAUGAAGUUAUCAUGGUUACAGUUUAUGAAUAAAAUGUAAUCAUAACAUUCAAUGUUUUUUCCUCUUUUUAUGAUUUUUUGGUUAUUAUGUUCAUUGGUGUGAUUGCUAAAUUGAAAUGCAUAAAUAUUUUCUCCCUAAUAAACCAUGAAGCGAUGAUUGGUUUCUCAAUUUUAUAAGGAGCAAAAGCUAAGAAAUGAACAACCAAUACAACACAUCCUCUUUUUUACAGAUGAAAGGCUUUAAUCUCUCUUCUGAGAGUGUUUUUCCUGCAUUUCUAUUUGCAACUCUGAGUUACAUGAUCAUACUAUUUUGCAACCUUACUCUGAUCCUCACCAUUGUGCUGAAUAAAUCUCUGCAUCAGCCAAUGUACCUAAUUCUGCUGAACCUUCCUAUGUAUGACCUUAUAGGUUCAUCAGCUCUCUUUCCACAGCUCAUCAAAGAAAUACUGAGAAACAGUGGGAUAAUGCAAUACUCAGCUUGUGUUGCUCAAGCUUUCUUUAUCCAUAUAUAUGCAGCAGGCACUGUGUUCAAUCUGAGUGCAAUGGCAUAUGAUAGAUACAUUGCCAUAUGUUACCCACUGCAGUACAGUACUGUGAUGACUAAUGCCCAUAUCAUGAGAAUAAUCACCAUUGUAUGGAUGAGUUGUUUAGUUUUAAUUGCUGUGCUUUUUUUCUUACUUUUGCGUUUGCCUCGUUGUCGAUCUGAAAUGACUCACAUUUACUGUGAUAAUCCAUCUCUGCUGACUUUGGUCUGUGCUGACACAACUAUUAACAAUAUCUAUGGCCUUUUGAUAGUUGCUCUUUCACAAUUAGUGGCUAAUGGAAUUGUUUUGUAUACAUAUCUCCGGAUCCUCAUAGCAUGCUUUAGAUCUAAACGAUCAGAUACAAAAGCCAAAGCUCUGCAGACAUGUGCUACACAUCUGAUUGUUUUUCUCUUGUUGGAGUGUCUUGGUCUUUUCACUAUCAUAUCAUAUAGACUAAGUAAUGUUUCACCCCAUUUCAGAAGAUUUAUGGGUUUGUCAACUUUAAUUUUUCCCCCAACACUGAAUCCAAUCAUCUAUGGUUUGAAAACAAAGGAAAUUCGAGAAAAGGUGUUGAACUUUUUAAAGAAUAGAAUGUUUUCAUCUUAAUGCACUCUUUCAAAAGAAUCUGAUGUAGCAUGCUGAAACAUUGGACGUUUUUCACCUUCACUGUCCUCCUGCUAUGUGAAAUUGUAUUGUAUGUUAUUGUUUACUCAGUCACGUCCUUUUCUCUCAAAAGCAGUGCUCAUUAAUAUUUCUGAAAUCAAACAAUUUUUGAAAACAACAAUACAAGCAAUUAACAUCUGAUUAAUGACUGAAGGUAAUAUUUUUUAUUGUGCGUUGUUACUUUAUCAUUAAUGUUUGUCAUUAUACCAUUGCAUAAAAAGUAA